AUGGCUCACAUCGCUUCCUGCAUGCUGGAGACGGACCCAGACGACCUGGACCUCGCCCUGGGCCUUAAUAACUAUAUAGCAAAGGCGGUCUCGCCCCAAGAUCCCAAUGAUCUGGGUAGAUCAUCACCCUCGGGUGAGAAACCUUUUGCUUGGAGAAUGCAGCAGCCAGAGAGGAAGUACCAGCUUUUCCCAAAGGACAAACCGGCGGGCGCGGGCGCGGCGCCGGGAAAAGCACUCGAUCCGGAGCAGGCGUACGCUUUGGCAAUGGGGCACAGCGGUGAUAAAUUUGACAAGAUGCCCACUGUGGCUGGGUUAAGGGUGCGGAUUAAGGAACACAAUCUCAUCCGCAGGCGAAAGAUCAGCGUCCCGGAGCUUGGUCCCAUGACGACGGUGCAAGAAGCGGCCAUGGACUCUCCUACCAUCCCAGGGCGACCGGCUGUCCAUGAGAGGUCCAUCAGCGCACCAGGAAGCUCGUGGAAACCGCAUCAGUUGACCGAAAGCGUGACUUUGGGCCAGCCAAGGGCGUUGGAUGGACGGCCCGAGCUUCGGCCAGCACACAAGAGCAAUGAAGAGCUACAGCGGCUUGCAAACGCACCACGACCGCCCAUGUCACCCAAGAAUCUGACGCCCCUCGUCAUCCCAACCUCGACGCCGACUGGUUCCGGACUGAUACGCCAGUUGUCUCUCAACCGGCUUCGAUCCGGGAGCGCCCCCCUUGAGCCUCCACCUCGGCCGGCACGCUUCGAUGAUUCUCCACGGGCGAAAACACCUUUCACGCCCAUCUCUGCCUCACUAGGCACCCCAAAGUCGGCCGCAACAGUGACCACCGCUACCACCGCGUCGACUUUACCAACCCCCCUUUCCGCGCCGGCCGACCAAAGGGAAUCGCCGGUACCGUGGGAAAAGCCCGCGGUGCAUGCCGCCACUGCGACACCCGUGGAAGGUGUCACAGGGCCUUCUGCUGUGUUCCAGCUGGAACUCGGUGCGCCCCUCAGAAAUCUUCCCUUCACCCAUCGGAGGCAUCAGUCGGAAUCGGGGAGUAUCAUGGAGAGGGGGCGGCCCAGGAAACGGUCCGAGAUCAUCCCAACCUUGAAGCGCACCGGUUCCAAGAGGAGCAAGAGUUCUGAGAGGCAAGCCUUUGAACAGCUGCCCAAGGGGUGGAAAGCAAGCGAGGCUGUGAACGUGCUUAGCCCACCGGCCGUGUUGGCAUUGCAGAAACAGGCGCUUCAACAGGCGGCCCGUUUUGAGGUCCUCCGAAGGGAGGACGUUGACAGUCUUUCACGGGAGCUUCGCCAUCUGGACGAGCGGACUGAGUAUCUUCGCCACACCUACACGUCGCUCCGAUCGGGAAGACGCAACCUGCAUACGCGCAUCUGCCAGUAUCUUCGAUCUCCCCGUAUGGCCAGGUUCAGCCCCGAGUCCAUCCUCAAGCAGGAGGAAGCGCUUGCGGAGCUUGACACCUCCAUCGACGAAUGGGUCAACAAGCUCGAGCAGGCUGAGAAUCGCCGCACUCGGGUUCGCCAGAAGCUCCUUGAACAUAUCGCUGCCGCCGCCACGUUGGGUGUUUCAGCCAAUGGCGGCGUCGUGGGUGUCAGCGAGAGCUUACAGUACGCUCUGGGCGUCGCGCGUCCUCACCACGGCGUGAACCUGUCAACACCACCACGAAGCCCAGUCAAGACUGUUUUCGCCCCGCCGCCGUCCUCAUCGCCGUCGCCUCACCGAGCCCAGGUGCCGUCGACGAUCCUGGAACAACCCCUAUCCGAAGAGGCCGCCGCAAUGGACAACAACACCCAAGAAGCAGAAAAGGGAGCCGCGGCUCUGCGCCGAGCUGAGACCAUCCGAGUGUAUGCCGAUAACGACGUGUACGCCCUUCUUGCGGACGUGGAGAACACCAUCACGAACAUGGGUAACGGGUGUGACGCAUCGCCCAAAGGCAAGGACCCGCGUACGGAGCUGCCGGACGCUGAACGGAAGAAGAUCUGCCGCACUAUCAGUCACGAUGCUCUCAGUGGUGGUGCCCCUGUCGACAAGCCCCUACCAUCUUUGGGACUGGGAGAAAAGCCGUCAUUAUCUUCCUUGUCCUCUACCACCGCCACUCUCUCAACGGAGCCGGCCGCUGAGGAACUGUUCCUCACCAAUGCUGUCUUCAAGCCCUGA